AUGGAAGACCAUCCACUAGCACCCCAUCCGGACUUAACGUUUGGAAAUGCGCUUCAAGAUGCUGGACCAGGAUCCCCAGCUCAACCAGCAAAGAACAUCUCUGUGAUCCAAUUCAAGAACCUCGAUUUCUCCCGUCUCAGGCCGGCGCUCUUCCGAUCGACAGACUGGUUUAGGGUGAAGCGAUUAUACUUGCAUGAAUGCACGGAUUUGAAGGUACUCUUCUACCACAUUCUUAUAUCAUCAAGCCGCAUAGGCAUCCAAGAAAUAAUUAUGGAGAACCGAACGCAAACAGAACAGUACACCCCAUCUCACCCACACAACAUCAACCAUUUCCUUGGCGACUGGGAUGAAUUGCUCGCUAUAUCAAUAUCCACAUGCGUCAAGUGGCUUCUACCCACGGACAUGCUGUCGAACUACAGCAAUAUUACCUCAGUGCACUAUGAGGUCGGGCCGCACGAUGUCAACAUGCACUGGCUCGACAUGCUCGUUCAGUACAAGCCGCAUCUCGUCAAGCUACAUAUCUCUUGUCAUGACACCACCAACUGUCUCAUGGGCAUCGACACGGAGUUCGAGGAUGCCUCCACUAAAGCUGGCUUUCCUGACCAGACUAUCCAAGAGAUACGAUUUGCGAAGAAGGUUCUUCCUUCCACCGAACAUGCAUCCAACGAUAAUGUCGUCCAGUCGAUUUUCUCAUGUGAUGUUCCUAGGAUUGACAAAGCGGACAAAGAGUUCCGUGACGCGGAGAAGAAGAAUCUAGCGAUUCACGCGAGCGAAGCGAUGGAAAUGUUUCAAGACUGA